GCCUUUCUUCUGCUACCUCCCUCCUAGACGCGUCGUCUGUCCAAGCGCGUCUUCCACAAUGACCUCCACCAUCGACACCAAGCAGAUCGGCCAGCCGAAGCAGCGCCAGCGCCGCCAUGUCCGCUCUCUCACGGGAUUUAUUGGCGACAAAGACGAACAGGGCAAGGAAAUAUGGCCUCGCGGCGACGAGAAGACCUGGAAGGAGUGUUUGCGCGGCGUCGACGUUGACGUCCCAUCCAUAUCCAAGUCCAUUGUGAACCAUGUCCAGACUUCGCUCGCUCGCCAAGCGUACAACCUCGACGAGCCAGGCGCAUAUCAGGCGGUCUCUCUGUCUGCGCGCGAUGACCUCAUUAUGAACUGGAAUGAUACCCAAAGUCAAUACACACGCUCCGCGCCAAAGCGUGCGUAUUAUUUAUCCAUGGAAUUCCUUAUGGGACGUGCGCUCGACAAUGCGCUUCUUAACCUCGGUCUUAAGAAUGAGUUCAAGGAUUCCACCGAAAAAUUGGGCUUCAACCUCGAGGACCUCAUCGAUGUUGAGCGCGAUGCAGGCUUGGGAAACGGUGGUCUUGGCCGGCUCGCCGCCUGCUACCUUGAUUCUAGCGCGAGCACUGAGCUUCCCGUGUGGGGCUAUGGUCUGCGCUACAAAUACGGUAUCUUCCAACAGUUGAUUGCCUCUGAUGGUUCUCAGCUCGAGGCACCUGAUCCGUGGUUAAAUAACACCAACCCGUGGGAACUUCCGCGUACCGAUGUGACCGUUGAAAUCCGUUUCUAUGGUCAUUCUGAGCGACUUGACAAUGGCAAGGCUAUCUGGAGUGGUGGUCAAGAGGUCAUUGCCGUUGCUUAUGACGUUCCGAUCCCGGGAUAUCAUACCAAAACGACGAACAACUUGCGUCUCUGGGAGAGUAAACCCGUUCGCGGCUUUGAUUUCAACUCGUUCAAUGCGGGCGACUACGAGAGAGCUGUGCAGUCCUCGAACGAUGCGGAGACCAUUACCUCCGUCUUGUAUCCAAAUGAUAACACAAUGGUUGGCAAGGAGCUGCGCCUUAAACAACAGUAUUUCUGGACUGCAGCUAGCUUGAGCGAUAUCGUUCGUCGUUUCAAGAACCUAGGCAAGCCAAUUGAAGAGUUCCCAGAUUACGUAGCUAUUCAGCUGAACGAUACUCAUCCGACUUUGGCUAUCCCUGAAUUGAUGCGUCUACUCAUUGAUGAGGAGGAUGUCCCAUGGGACAAGGCAUGGAACCUUGUUCAAAACACUUUCUUCUUCACAAACCACACAGUCCUUCCGGAGGCACUUGAGAAAUGGCCUGUCCCGCUCUUGCAACACCUCUUACCGCGUCACAUGCAGAUUAUCUUCGAUAUCAACUUGUUCUUCCUCCAACAAGUUGAGAAGCAGUUCCCUGGAGACAGGGAUAGGCUUGCACGCAUGUCGCUCAUCCAGGAGGGUAUUCCGCAGUAUGUGCGCAUGGCAAACCUUGCAUGUAUUGCCAGUCGGAAAGUCAAUGGUGUUGCGGAGCUGCAUAGUGAGCUCGUGAAGACGACGAUCUUCAAGGACUUUGUGGAUUUCUAUGGCGUUAGCAAGUUCUCCAACGUUACUAACGGCAUCACUCCACGCCGUUGGCUCGACCAGUGCAACCCACUACUGUCGAACCUCAUCACCGAGACGCUCAAGUUACCGAAGGAAGUAUGGUUGAAGGACCUGUUCCGGCUUGAGGGUCUUCUUAAGCAUGCGGAUGACCCGGACUUCCAAAAGAAGUGGGCUGCAGUCAAGCAGAACAACAAGGAGCGACUUGCUCGUUAUGUUGAGAACCAGCUCGGGAUCAAAGUCAACACGAGGGCGAUGUUCGAUGUACAGAUUAAGCGUCUGCAUGAGUACAAGCGUCAAACAUUGAACCUCCUCGGGGUCGUCCAUCGUUACCUGGCUUUGAAGGCGAUGACCCCUGAACAGAGGAAGAAGGUCAACCCUCGCGUUGUCUUCUUCGCUGGGAAAGCCGCUCCAGGAUACUACAUUGCCAAACUCACGAUCCGUCUAAUUGUGAACGUUGCGCGUGUCAUCAACGCUGACCCCGAUACCAAGGACUAUCUUGAGAUGUUCUUCUUGCCGGAUUACUCGGUUUCCCUUGCGGAGACCCUUAUUCCGGCUUCGGACUUGUCGCAACAUAUCAGUACGGCAGGAACUGAGGCGUCUGGUACGAGUAACAUGAAAUUCUGCUUGAAUGGAGGACUGUUGCUUGGUACUGUCGAUGGUGCGAACAUUGAGAUUGCGGAAGAAGUUGGCGAGAGUAACGUCUUCUUCUUCGGACAUUUGACACCCGCGGUCGAGGAGUUGCGUUAUCAGCACACAUACCACCCUGUUCCUGUAGAGGAGAAAUCUCCCGCGCUAGCAGUAGUGCUCAACGAAAUUUCUGCAGGCCGCUUCGGUGAUGGUCAUGUUUAUGAACCGCUCCUCAACACCAUUAGAACCGGUGACUACUACUUGAUCACAGAGGACUUCGAUUCUUACAUCCAAGCCCUUGCGAUGGUGGAUGAAGCGUACCAAGACCGCACAGAGUGGAUCAAGAAGAGUAUCCGUACUAGCGCGAAGAUGGGCAAGUUCAGCUCCGAUCGCGCCAUCAUGAACUAUGCCGAUGAGUACUGGAACAUUGAGCCGUGCAAGGUUCACUGAACGUUCACUUCCAAAUUGCCCUCCCGCGAGUCUGGAGAAAGGUUUUGUCAACACAAUUUACAAGUGUCGUGGUGGUAGACAGAUAAAUGGACGCUGUGAAAAAUGUGGUUCUUCUGUCCUUUCAUAUUCUGUUUCUGUCCAAAUUUCCACAAAAAUAACGAACAUUGUCAAUAGGCGCGCAUGUAUUGGGGAAUCGUUGUGUAGAAAUAAAUA